AUGGGCACUAAUGGUCGUCCAGAAAAAGAUUUUGAACAUGUAACAGGAACCUCUCGAAGAUCACAUCAAGAAGAUAUUUCUGGUAAUAGUGAAGUUGGUAGAGAUUUUGCUAACAGAUAUGGGGGCUUAUUUUCUGAAAAAGAUUGGAAAUGUCCUACUUGUUCAAAUAUAAAUUGGGCAAGACGUACUGAAUGUAAUCAAUGUAAAACAUCAAAACCAGGGUUAGAAACUUCAUUGGGUACACGUGAAGGAAGAGGUGGUGGAUUUUUGGAACGUGAUGAGGUGGUUGAAUAUAAACAAUCAAGAAGUGCUGAAAAAGAUGAUGAAUGGGAUGAAUUUGACAAUGUAAAAUCACAUAAUGAAAGAUCAUCAUCAUCAAAAGAGCAUUGGUCAGGUAAAUAUUCUCGCCGACGUUCUUCACGAUCGCAAUCUCCAUUACCACCAUUAUCAUCACAUUACAAUGAUCAUUCAUUAUCACGAGAUAGAAAUUCUCACAAAAACAGAUCAAUUUCUCGAGAACAUAGAUCAUCAGGUCAAUCAAGUUCUUGGGACAACCAUAGCAACAAACGAAGGUCUAGUAUAAUAGAUGUUCAUCAUCGUCAUAGAUCAAAAUCUCGAUCAAGAGAAAGAAAAAGAAAUUCUCAUGGUAGUAAAUCAAGGUCAACAUCUAGGAAUAGAAAACGAUCAUACAAAUAUAGGUCAUGUUCACGUUCUAGAAGUCCUCCUGGUAGGCAAUAUCAAAAUAGAUCUUUAUCAAGGUCUAAAUCUAGUGAGCGUAGAUAUUAA